GUCCUUCACCACGUUCACUUCACGCAGUACAACCUUCUUAAGUUCAGGGAUGCCCCUCGAGGACAAAAGGAGGAGGAUCUAGUCUUCUGGGUGGUAAUUAUCCUCCUGCCGCGAGAGCAGAAACUUUCUUCCACUCACUGCCACAUCACACACUCGUUGUCCCGACAGUGUGCUGCUUCAUUUCAACAUGCUUCUUGGACUUCCAGCCGUGCUUCUGUUGUCGACGUUUUGUUGGUGCGCCCCGCAGCAGACUUGUCAGCCAGAGGACGAGCUUUUAGGUGAGACCAGAUUAACCUCCACAGAUACAGAGACAGGACUUUAGAGUAACAAAAGCGCAGCAGCAAGAGGAGAGGACGAGUCACGAGGUGGAAAGAAAGUGUAAGGGCUUAUCCAGCGUGAUAAACCAUAUGGGGGGUUCUGGAUAAACACUUCCUGGAUAAAUGAAGGGGGGAAAAAAGGCUCAUAUUACAUUGAGUAACAGUAUUUAAUGCACCUUUUUUUUCCAUCUAGCCUUGAUUUACAAAGUUUAUUCACCAAUCUCUUUGCCUGCUGACCUCUAACUCUGAAUAAAUGAUCACUUUAUGUUUAUUUGUGAGACAGUUUGGCCGAAUCCCCCCCAUAGCCUCUCCUCUCCUCUUCAGCUAUAACUUCCUACUUUUAUGCCUUUUAGUGUUUUUUCAUUUGUCCUCUUUACAGGAAAAUGCAGCAGAAAUGCGUUUGAGGAAAGACGUAAGUGGUCUGUUAAUUCCUAUUAAUCAGAAUUUGUAGGGGAGACCGGGGCUUGUUGUCACACUUUUUGAAGUGGGGUAAGAUGUCACAGUGGAUUUGGCAGCUAAUCCCACUGCACAAUGCGACGUUGAAAUGACAUUUAUUUAACAUAUUUUUUCAGCGAUGAGGUACAAAUGUGGAUGUCAUUUCAACGUCUAAAAAAGGUCCAAUAAUGACGUCUAAAUCUUGGAUCCAUUUUGAACAUUGUGCCGAAGUCUAGAUUUGGUCCGAGCGACGUCUAAAAAAGGUCCAAUUUGGAUGUCGUGAUUUCUAACCUAUUUUGCACAUUGCAUUGAUGUCUAGAUGUCAUCUUUGACGGACCGACCCAAUACUGACUUGAUCUGCACGUCUCUUCGACAUCCGAUGAUUGGUGGGAUAAAUCAAGGACAAAUUUACUGUUUUUCUCUCUUUUUUUUUUACUUGAAAGUGAACAUCAAAGUCAGGCACAGAAUCAUUGAGUCAGAAAAAGUCAUUGAACAAACGUUAACAUGAAAUAUUAUGCAACAUGCACUGGAAUCUGGAGAGCUGUCUGAGUCUGUAUUUCGGCUGUGAGGUGAAUGUUUUGCAGUCCUGAGCCAAGGUAUGGUAGUUGACAUUAAAGUCAUUUAUUGUACUUCAGAUUGAUUUAUUAGCGAGGGUCACCGCUGACUGCCCUCAGCAUCACGUCAGGCACUGCACUCCCACUCUCUGUAUUAAUUUUAAUCCCUUUUAAACGUGUGACAACUAACCCCAAAAUGUCUGAGACAUGUUGCCACAAACUACCAUGUUUGCUAAUUCUAGCUCUAUCUUAAAGUUAGUUUAAACAAAACAAUGACUGAGGUAUGACAGGAUGUCUUAAUCUCUCCUUUAAUAAGUCCACAUGUUUCACUGCUGGGAUUUUUAUUUGGGAGAAGCUUAUUUUAAGAUAUAAACAGUUAAUUUUUUUACUUUGGGUUGUGCGAAAUGGUUAAUUGGCGCUCAUCUCAGCUCACUAUGUGCUCUUCUCUUCUCAGAUAGGACACGACUCCUGACCAUGUAAGGGAAGAAACUAGUAUUCCACUUUUUAGUUGCGCCCUCUGGUGGCAAAGAUAAAUGCAAUGUGACAACUUCCCCAUGUGACAACAAGCCCCGGUCUCCCCUACACCCAAAAAAAUAUAUUUCCUUUUCACAUCAAAAGAUUAAAUCUGCACACUGCGUCUUCUGUCUCUUACAGGGACCUGUACAGAGAUGAACCUGGGCUACUGUAAUGAUCUGGGAUACUCUAGGUGGGUGUUAUUGUGGGUCAGACAGUCAGUGACCGCUAAAAUCUUGCACCAAAAGUUUAAUUAGUUUUUCGCCUCACUCUUUCUUCAUUUUGGUGACCACUUAACAACUUGUUUUAAAUUGUCGCCACUCCAGAACCAUGUUUCCCAACAUCCUCGGACACAGGACUCACUUUGAUGCGGAGUCAGGGGCGGAGUACCUUCUCCUGAGUGUAAUCCAUGGCCUGCUCAAUGGGGAGUGCAGCCCUGAGAUUCGUCUUGUAGGCUGCUCAGUCCUCGCCUCGCCCUGUCAGAAUGAUAAGAUGAUCAAAGCCUGUCGUAGCACCUGUGAAGCACUGAGGAAGGACUGUUAUCAUGCUUUUGAAGCUAUUGACAUGGCUUGGCCCUAUUUCCUGGACUGUGAUCGCUUCUUCGCCAGCGACCAGGAGGGCUGUUUUGAUCCACUAGCGGGGCUGAGGGGUAAAAGUCACAGAAAACAUAAUGCGUGAUGAAUUUUGCUGACAAAUACAAACCUGUGCUCUGUGAAAAAGAAAAGAAACCAUAAUAAAAAUGAACUAAUGCUUUAUUUAUGUGCUUUUGGAUAUCUCCUCUCCAGCCAGACAGGAAUUAACAAUGUCCAACCUUACUCCUGAAGAAACUGGCACAAUCAUCCAGUUCACCUACACCUCCAACUCCCAGAUGUACAGUUUACUGAAGAGAACAGCUGCCAAGUGCUCCAAUAUCGCCCAUGUCUACAGCAUCGGACGCAGCACAGAAGGAAGAGAUCUGAUGGUUAUUGAGCUCACCAACAACCCCGGACAGCACGAGCUUUGUGAGUGAGGAUGAAGAAACUAAACUGAUAAAGCCAAUGUAGUAAUGUGUACCUUGUGAUUUGAUGUGUAACCAGAGCAUUACUCAUUAUCACCCUCAAAAUGUUGAUGUGAUGAAAAAUACCUGUUAGCUACCCUUUGAACAUCCAAUAGAUGUUGAGCAACAUUAGCAUUCAUGUGGAAACUUAGUGACUUUAAGUCCAUAUACUCUUCUCUUAGCUGUAGUUUUAUUUGUCAGCUCCCCUGGAAAUUUAAAUACUUUGUUGCUGAAUAUGUUAGCCUGAUGUAGUGUAACAGAAACACAUUUUUGCUGAAAUUAGCUAACCCCAGAAAUAACACUUAUUAGACAAAAUAGCUAACUUACUAAUUUAUAAAAGAAAAAAGCUGUUAUAAUGUAUUUUAUUGUGAUUUUAAAGAGGCUUGUUUGAGCCUGAUAUGUAACAAUGAUCUGAAAUGGAACAACAGUGCUGAGCCCGAAAUGUAAUAACCAUAGACUGUAUAUAGAAUGAACUCCGUCUGCCUCCUCGCCGGGUGAGGCCAUUGCGAGAACAGCACCCUCUGGUGAUGGGCUGCAGUAUAGGUCAUAAAUCCCGCCUACUCCAGCAAUCCCUAUGGAGUUGUGGACAAACUUUAGAAAUUAAUUACAAAGAAUAUAAUUUUUUCUCCCCCCUGCUUGCGAUGUUGACAUGUAGUUACUGUAAGACUAAUUAGUGCUCAAGUCCUCUUUUUUCUGUAGAGCUCCAUUUUUAAAAGUUAUUGGGGGGGUUCAUGUUUUCUAUGAUUGACACUUGAUACAGCCUAUGGGCGUACGAAGAGUGCGUACCUCACCCAGGGGAUACGCUGUUUCAGCCAAGCGUCAUCACAGUGACUCUCGGCUACUCUCCCGCCGAAUGCGCACAACGCUACUGCGCAAUGUUGGUUUCAGGAAGUGGAUAAAAAUCGAGAAAAUACCGAGAGCUUUUCGGCUUCGAAUCCGUAUACUGGAGGAAGGCGGAACCAAGUUGUCCAUAGUAUAUACAGUCUAUGGUAACAACUGACCCAAAAUGUAACAAUUUCUUACAUUAUGUGCAAAGAGUUAUUACAUUUUGGGUUUUAUUAGGCUACAUUUUUUUUAUUAUUACAUUUUGGGUCAUUGUUAAAUGUCGGGCUCUAAGGGGGCUCUGACACAUUUCUGGUAAGAAAGAACUUAAUGACUUUGUGUUGGAGUUGUAAAGAUGAUCAGGUAUCUUUGAGUUCCCAUGUAGUCCAAGUUUAGUUGGACGCACAAAUAGAAGUAAUGCUGAUGUUGCCACAAGCUGCUGGAUGUACAUUUGUUUGUUUCAAGGUUGCCAUGGCAACUUUGUAAAGUGUGAUAUGCUAGUCUUGGGCCUACAUUCUGUCCCUGAGCAGUGGCCUGAAAAUUCACUUAUACUGCUUUAACCAUGCUUGUCUUCUGUCUAAAAACCUAGUGGAGCCUGAGAUCAAGUUGGUGGGAAAUAUACACGGUAAUGAGGUGCUGGGCCGCCAGCUUCUCAUCUAUUUGGUCCAGUAUAUGUGUUCAGAAUACAUUCUGGGGAACACAAGAAUUCAAACCAUCAUCAACACCACCCGCAUCCAUAUUCUGGCCUCCAUGAAUCCAGAUGGCUAUGAGCUGGCCGCCUCAGAGGUAGAGGAUGACAAUGACCCGGAGCUCAGCAACCAGGAAGUAAAUAUUGUUAACAUAGACAGACCGCCAUUAUCCGUUUUUCGAUCUGCUGUCAGUUCUGUCUGUGAUGCUUGGGGUAUGACGGUGCUGGAGCGAGGCAUUGACAAAGUAUUGUCAACGCAGAAUUUUACAGCACUGUCUUUACUUUAUGAAAUGGGACUACAUAGAUAGGUAAUGUUGUUGGUCUGGGUUUUCUAGAAAACUGGAAAACACUUAAAACAACUCUUGGUACCUGCUGUUUUAAUCAGGGAGUAAUUGUCCGUUAAAUUAGUAAUUGAACCAUCUAGACAUCAAGUGAAUGUUAAAGCCUUAAAUCUUCUCCCUCUCAAUGUGCUUCCCUCUAACCUGAAAAAUCAACAGCUAUCAUCCUCCUAGUUGCGUCAACCAAUUGCGGAAGGGACUCAGGUCAGAUGACUCGAAUCAUUUCUGUAGGACUGAAGGACUUUGGGCCGUGUGAGAUCAUUUCGAAGCCUGCUAAUGCUCAUCACUGGCAAUACUGACAGCCCUGUGGUUUUCAUGUUGACAGUAUAAUUACUAACUUCUACCACUAACAUCAUCUUACUGUUUCACUAUCAAGCUCUGCAUGCAUGUGUGCUGUGAACUCUUUCCAGUCUUUCAUGUGCAAUCCAAAAUGGACAGUGUAUCUCAAAACCAUCACGUGUAGCUGGAAUCUGAACACACCAUCAGGGUUUUAUCAAGGUAUGAGUUUUAGUGUGACACAAUGGUUACACAGUGAUUCACAAAACACACAUUCUGACCCGUUUUCUUAUUGUGUGAAUAGAACACAAAGUUAAUUGGUUCAUUUAAGCACUUUUUUUGGUUACAUUGCUUUACAUUUAUUUCCUGCUCACCUCUGAGAUAAACUUUUCCUUGUAGUUGAAUUUGCUUCACCCUUCAUGACGGAUACAUGGCCAUGUCUACUUGUUAACAUAUUAACCACAUAUGUCCUUUCAUAUCCUGAGUUUUGUUCAACACUCUGCACUGAAUUUAUGUUCCUUCUCAUUCUGUCACGUUUUGUCCAUCAUCACUGUCAUCCUUAAUCUAAUUUGACCCUUUUAAUAUUUCGCCAAUUGUUUCAGGGUCACUUGUUGAACACUUGGACUAGUGGACGGGGGAAUGCUCAGAGUCUUGACCUCAACCGUAAUUUUCCAGACCUCACCUCCAUUUUUUACCGCAACCGCCGUAGCCCGCACUACCGCAUUGACCACAUCCCAAUCCCUGACAGCUACUGGUUCGGCAAGGUAGGGAGAUGACUUUCAUUUAUAUGGUUUUGUAAGAUUGUUUGCAUUGGAAACAGUAUUUCAGACAGGAUCCAAUUGCAGUCCAAUUCUGUUUUUAAACUGUAGGUGGCACCAGAGACCUACGCAGUGAUGAAGUGGAUUAGGUCACUGCCUUUUGUUCAGUCAGCCAGCCUUCAUGGAGGGGAGCUGGUAGUCUCCUACCCCUUUGACUUCUCCAGGCACCCGCAUGAAGAGAGGAUGUUCUCACCCACUCCAGAUGAGCAGGUACGGCGGGAGGAGGGAUGACAGGGGUUACAUGCCAGGUAGAAAUCUCAAACACCAUCCCUCCCUGAGCAAAAUAAUCUCCCCCUGCUUAGGUCCUGAAACAGCUGGCACGUACCUAUGCAGAUGCCCAUGCCACCAUGUCAAACAAUGACACAGAUAGGUGCGGAGCCUCUUUUUACCGUACCAGGGGCAUCAUCAAUGGAGCACAGUGGUACAGUUUUGCUGGUGGUAAGAUAUUACUCUUUCCAAACAACAGAGGGAACCAUUAAGGAGAAGAUUUGAUCCUUUAUCUGGUCUGUGCUCAUUUAUUAACAGGCAUGUCAGACUUCAAUUACUUGCACACGAAUUGUCUGGAGAUCACAGUAGAGCUUGGAUGUGAUAAAUUCCCUUCAGAGGCAGAGCUGUACCCGGAGUGGAAGAGAAAUAAGGAAGCUCUGCUAAGUUUUCUGGAGUCGGUGUGUUUCUUCUCUCUUUGUUUGAGAAAAAAAGCAGCAAAUCACUAAUGCACAUUUACAAACAAGUUUAAAGAUUAAUAAUAAAAAAAAAUGUUAGAUGUUGGCCCCUCUAGUAUGUUAAAGGGAUAUUCCGGCGUAAAUUUAAGUUAUGGUCAAACACACCAUAACACAGAGUUAGACCCCCCUCAUGAGACGAAUGUUGCCGACCACUUGCUUCUCUAGUAAUACCAACUUCAGGAACGACCGCACGAUAGCAAUACACAGCGGUGUACAUCUCCAGACACAAACCUCAACCAAAAUGCCAUUCUAUAGCCACAUAUAAUGCUCAGAACAGCACCUAACUUCAUCAACAGUACAUAUAGGGUCCCAGCCAUAGUACUAGCCAUCAAACAUCUUUUUAGCUUUGCCUGGUUUCUUUAGCAAAGACACUAAAUGGAACUCACCCACUCUCCUCCAGCAGCCGUUUGUUUGUGGGGGGAGCCUCAAACAAGCGGCUGCAGAGUUUCGCAGCUCAAGGAAGAACAUUUAUGAUUAUUACUUUAUGGAAAUGAUCCGCUGCACUCGGCGAUUGACUCGUCAGGACUCCACCCCUGACAAGCGGCUACUGGAGGAGAGUGGGUGAGUUGUGUUUAGUCUCUUUGCUCAAGUAAUUAGGCAAAGCUAAAAAGAUGUUUGGGCAUGUGACUUGUCCUAUGGCUGGGACCCUAUAUGUACUGUUGAUGAAGUUAGGUGCUGUUCUGAGCAUUAUUUGUGGCUAUAGAAUGGCGUUUUGGUUGAAGUUUGCCCGUAGAGACAUAGACCACUGUGUAUUGCUAUCGUGCGGUCAUUGCUUAAGUUGGUAACUAGAGAAGCAAGCAGUUGGCAACAUUCAUCUCUAGAGGGGGUGUCACUGUGUGUUUGACCAUAACCUAAAUUUACGCCAGAAUAUCCCUUUAAAGUGCAAAGCAAACAUGUUGCAUGCAAAACAAGGACUAAAACAAUUAUAAUGUAUUUGCCUUCAGGGCUCACAACUGUUUGAUACAAGUAAAUGAAGAGAGCAUGAGCAGUAAACCAGGAGAGAGAACUCACACUAUAAUGGCAUUGUGUCAUUAUAGUGUGAGUUUUACUGCUAGUUUUUGUUCAUUUUGCCCAUUCGCAGGUCCAUCGAGGGAUAAAAGGAGUCGUAAAGGAUGUUGAUGGAAACGGGAUAAAAGGCGCAACGAUCUCUGUUAGGGGGAUUAGAAAAGAUGUCACCUCAGGUAAACAACACAUGUACAGACAAAACAAGAGACUGUCAUUAUUUGUUUGUUUUUUGUAGUUAGUCUUUGGACUGUAGAAAAUUGUGCAAGAAAAAGAAAACCUCAUGGUUGUGUCACAUGCCCAGAGGCGACCCCAAUUCACUGAAACUAAUUUCUGUCUCAGAUCUCCGCGGCUCUGACUCUGAAUCUGUCACUGUCUCCUUUCUUCUUGCUUUAGCUGAGCAGUGAAACAUUGCUCUGUCUCUCCCCUCCCUAUGUCUCUCUCUCUGUCUCCCUCUUUUCUCCCUGUGACCGGUGUAGGAGGCUGCAGCCUCUCCCACUCUCCUCUCUCCUCUUCUUUCCCAUCUCCUGAGCACCAGACUGCAACUGUAUCAUCUGCUCUGAUGUGCGGUUCAAUACAAACUAACAGGCGUUAACAUUUUAGCUCAGUUUAAAUUAAGCCUGAUAAACAUUUGAUCUUUGUCACAUUUAUUUCUUCAAUAGUGUGUCAAAAAACAACUUCACAGAUUGGACAUUUGCUCGUUUUUUUACAGUAAGAGGACAGAAUUUUAGUGCUGUCAGAGUGGAAAUGUUAAAAGUUCCUGGUAAUCUCAGUAGUUGACUUCAAAUAUGUUAUUGUUGUAAGUGUAAAGAACAGGUGGAUGAUGCAUCAUUACUUUGAACUUACUGGUAAGUUGUUCUCCUUGAUAGAAACAUGGAGGUGUCCUGACCAAUAACUGACCUCUAUCCAGGCCUUCAUUUACCGAUUAAGACCACGAUUCAGGUCAUAAUAAGGGGCUGUGGAUUUAAUGACGCCACUCUUUAUUCAAGGAUUUAGAGGCACAAUAUUCAGCUCAAAGCACUACUAUACAAAAUUCCUGCGAUACAGAGUUAUAAGCACAUUUUUUAAAAUUGUUUCUGACUUUCAUUCUCUCAUCUUUUACCCUCUUUUCUGCCCCAAGCUGAAGCCGGAGACUACUGGCGAUUGCUGAACCCUGGUACACAUAUCCUGACAGCUACAGCUAAGGGUUAUUCCAGGGUCAGUAAGAGAGUUCACCUGCCUCACCGCAUGACCAGGGCUGGACGUGUCGACUUUGUCUUGGAGAAGGUUUGCUGUUUUUCUUGCUCACAAAUCCUUUGAAGUUGAGUUUCAGACUUUUAGAUGUUUUAUGAUCGGUUUAUUAGAUAUAAGAACUAAACUUUUGUAAACUGAGCCAGACAACAAUUUGUUAUUAAAGCUGCAUGCGGUAUAAGAAUAUUUAUGCACAUCAAGCCGUAGAGGUUGGAGAUAAUAUCUGAUAGAUGUCAGGUUUAUUUGGACCAAUGAGGGGCCAGACCUGUGGGCCUCAUGUUUCUGUAAUUUGUUUUAAUAAGCCACGACACCAGCACCUUUCUACCACUUUGGAAGUUUCAGGAGUUGCCUUAGGAAGUGGAGCCUGACUCUGGAAGUGAUCCCCUAUUGCUGACCAUGCUCUAGCUCUUUCAAAAGACAAUGUGGCCUCGGGGGGGGAAAAAGCAUUGUGGACAAAGCAGGCAAGCUAACCAAGGUUAACAUUAGCAGGCUAACAUAAAUGAAUAAUUCCCACACCGACUGUCUGCUACAGGCACCUUCACCAACCCGGAACGAUAAGGUCAACAAGGUUCUGAUGCGAAAAACUUGACGUUCAUAAUAUUACUCCGCAAGCUAAGUGCAUAUGUUGCAGCUUAAAUGGUAGGGUGAGCUCAUCAGGUGAAUUAAGUCAUAGAUGUUGAAUGAAUCAUGAAUCUACACUACACUAUGCAAUAAAUAUAUAAUUUCUCCAGCUCAGCUCUGCAUAGGAGUUUCUGUAAAAACAAAGAUUUUGUCAUUCUCUUACCCUGCUCUCAAUCUCGACUCUCUUUUUUAACCCUCUUAGGUUCCGAUCGAGCCCGAUAUCGAUGACCACCUCUUCCCCACAGUAGACUCAUGGGAUCGAUUUGACCCUUACAAUCAGUUUGAACGCUACAGUGACCAUGGUGCACAUGAUGGCGGGAUAGAGCGACAGGAGAAACCAUGGUGGUGGACCUACUUCUCCCAGCUGACUAACUCGCCUCCACAAUGGUUGCUCCGAAACGUCUAGCUGAUACAGAGACCGCAAGGAGACUAGUGAAAGACAGUCCCAUAUCAGCCUCACCUGUAUUUUCAUAUAUUCCUAUGCAGCUAAAGUUGUGGCACCAAAAUCGGCAGUAAAUAACAGGUUUCAGUACUUCUUUGAAAGCUGGCAUCACGACUGGUUCAUCUGUUUUUGUUGCUUACAAUACCUGUGAUUACUGAAGUGAGGUGGAUGCAAAAUUGACAUUUUAUUUUAAAAAUUAUACUGAUAAUAUAGUGUACCUGUAACAUUUUAUGCACAAUAAAAGAACUAUGAUAGCAUCUCACAGUUAGUACUACAUGUAAAAGUGUAUUACCAGCUCUCUCUGGUCAUAAAUGCUUGCUUUGCCAUUCACAAGUAUUAAGAAUACAUAAAUAUCACUUUGCACAUUUUUUUACAAUUUAAACUUAGCAUUCACAGAACAGGAAUUACCAUAAACACUUAUUUUCAGGGCCUCCGCACCAUGUCUCACCAUGCAAAUUUGUCAAUUUACAUGUCUAGGAGACGUUUUAAGUUUAGGAUCUAUGCAAGUGUUCAUUUUUUUAAGGCAGCUGGCAUUUUUUUCGACCCAAAUUAUGAUCUCAUUAGUUCAUGUUACGUUAAUUUUAAAUGACGUUAUUGCAAAUUCAUGAUCAGUCACUGUUUGGUCCCACAAACAGGCACAUCUAUAACUUAUCUUCCUUUAUCGCAGAGGGUAUAUGUCAGUAUUAUUAACCCAUCCUAAUGCAGAGUAGCAACAAGAGUCAGAGCACUUUACUGUCAUGUAUCAAGGCGACUGUAGACCGUGGGAAAAAAGAAACUUUUUUUGAAGAUGGCUAUCAACAUUGAUAACACCUUUCAAAGCUAUUUUUCACUGGAACUUGCCAUCAACUUGUAGACCAGUAGGCAACAUAAAAUAUGACUGUGUACUGUGCAUUUAAAUCAGAUUCUUAAUUAUAGUAGUUUCAUGUAUUUUGGUCGGCUGAUUUCAGAGGAAACUUGAAAAAAAAGAAAGAAAUUGUGUUGCACUUCUGUCUUUGUAACUGCUGCUGUUUGCCUGAUUAUUUGUAAUAAAACUAAUUUGGUUGCAUCUCA